AGUUGGAAAAAGGGGAGGGGGGUGGAGAGAGAGUGAGAGACUCGCCCCGUUCGGAGCUUAAUUAUCUCGCUUUGCUAACACGGCUAGCUUAGCAAGUGACACGACUUGAACUCGCCGUUUGUUGUUUACCACUGAGCUUGGACUCGUCUGGAGCCCUGCUGUGGUCUGUUUCACUGAAUAUAUUGUCUACGACUUCCUUUUUUUGUAUAGUAUCCAGAGAGACCUCUGUUAUGCAACGUUACAAGACCGGGGAGGAGUCUGGGGCGAAGGCAAGCAGUUUCAGCAAUGGUACAGCAGCAUGGCUAUGUCCUUUGUGCCAAAAAAGCCAAGAAGACCGAGGCUCCCUCUCGCAACACCUCACUGAACAACACAGCGUACUUCCAACGUGUGUUGACAAACUGUUAGACAUCUCUGUUUUGAAACAGGGGGUGAGGGAAGAAGUGGACGAAGGUGCGCUAAUAUCUUCAGUUGCAGUUUGUACACAAGAGAGAACAUCUAAAGACAUCUGCUCUGAACUCUGCGACCCUUCUUCGGAGGUUCCACUUCGACAUAAGGAGGAGAUGGAUGAAAACAGAGUGUUAGACCAGGAGGGUGGUGAAGCUGAACCAGAGCCAGAAGAUGGCAUCAUAGGAGGUGAACAAACUGCUGCAGAGUAUGAAGAAAGUAAAAAUGUUGGGCCUGCUGAAAAUAAUGCUUGGUUCAACUGCAAUGCCUGCCUGGAAACAUUUCCUAGCAGAACUGCCCUGGGUGUUCAUUACUACUCUGCAUCCCACAUUCAGAGAAUGACAACAAUACAGGGUCGGGAAAUUGACCCCCCUCCAUCUCCUUCCCCCUCUGUUCUUUCUCGGCCAUACGUAUCAAACAAACCCUACCAGUGUGGUAUAUGCCGAGUCUCCUACAAUCAUUCCAUCACCCUAGAGAGUCAUUUGAAAUCCGUCCUGCACCAGACGCGCAGCAGAAAUGCUGUGAACUCAUUUGCGCUUGGUAGUUGUGGAAGCAGCAAUUCCAGUCCUCCAAAUACCACAGUGAGCACUUCUAUAAGUGGAACUGGCGAGUUGGCGAUCACAACCAACUGUGCUACUCUGGGAAGCAUGAUGGUGACUACAGCAAGAAAUGCAGAGCACCUCCAAACAUCCCCAGUGGCUUCAGCUCAAGCAGUCUCGGCCUUUCUCACCCUCCUCACAUCCAGCCCGAGCACACUUUCGCACCCUCUCCUCCCCUCCCUGUUUGCAACCAGCCACCCUACUGGUUCUGAUCCAACUCAGAUUGUGCCUCAACCCCACAUGGUCAUGCCCUUGAUCUUGAAUGGGAUCCAAGCUCAGCAAACCCAGCAGUCUGGUGAGAACCAGCAAGGACAGCUCCUCACACAGUGUGUGCCAUUUGUAGGUCUCAAUACAGCACAGCAGGCCCUCUUGACCCAAAGACUUAGUUUGUUACAGAACCAGUGGCCUCCUGUUGCACUUCCGACUAAUACAGCGGAAAAUGUUAAGCAGGACAGUAUUGAAAAGCACUCAGAUCAGAUUGGAGAAAGGGAAAGCAUAAAAAGAGAUAAACCUGAUGAAGAGAGUUGCCCAAAUACAGAAAGCACAUUGCAAGUUGAAAGUAAUGAUGUUUGGAAAGUGCCUAACGAUAGCAGUACCAUGGCCCAUCAGAUGGAUGUGGAAAAUGAUAAAUCAGUAAGUACAGGUUUCUCCCCAAUUGUUAUGGAGAAGAGCCUCCAUAAUCUUUCAUCUCUAUCAAUGCCUAGCAACCCAAGCUACAGCCCUGUACAUUUGAAUCUCACUCUUAGCCCCGAUUCCACUCCCCAAAAAUCCCAAGCUGCAACAAGUCCUUGUGCAUCUAUUGGUACGUCCAAAUCAAGCCCAUUUUCAAGUGUUUUAAGCACCCAAUAUCGGCUACAUUGCAACACAAUGGGGUCCAUGUAUCCAGAAUCUCCAGUGUUGUCAGAGUUUCAGUCCGAGGUUCUUUGGGCUUUCUUUGAGUCCCGAAGUGAGGCUCAUGCUGCUAGUCCUCUCCGCGAGGACUGUGAGGCGCUGGGAAGAGAGGUAGGGCUUUCAGAAGAGGAAGUACGCAAGUGGCUUUGUCAAGCCAGAUAUGGCAAACGGAAAGAGAGAGACACAGAGCUCACACACCAACAGUGCUCAUCAGGAUUUGCAAAGACUACUCCAAGCAGUGACAAUGACUUUGAUGACGAUGAGAAUUCCUUGAUUAUAGCAGAAGAGGAAGAGGAUGCGGAUGUAUCAGGUAAUCAGGUGAUAGAUUUGUCCCGUACAAGACGUCUGCACAGACAGCGAGGUGUUGGGAGAGAGGGUCAGGGAGAUUCCUGUCUGACAUCUGAUUCAGAAAAUGAGGUGUAUACCUCUGUGAUUGUGACAGAUGAGGAAAGUCAGAAUGGAGGUUUUCGGGAGUCCCCAGAGAUCCCUGCUAGAGGUGAAGUGCAACUUGAAGUCCAUUGUGAUAAAGACUCAGUUGGAGGGAAGGUCUUGCGCUCCACGACAGUGUUUCUUUCUGAUGUGGAGGACGAAUAUGAAGAAGAGGAUGGUGGAGGAGUUCAGAGGUCUGUAAACAAAAAAAGGAAAGGAGAAUUUGAACAUGAGGUGGAGGUGAAAAAAGAGAGAAUGGAUCCUGAUGUGGAUCUCGAGUUGGAAGCCCAAGCGGAUCCCCCCAAUUCUCUGCCCUAUUCUCUUGACCAGGUUCCAAGUGGCGGUCUUCACUCACUCCCACUGUCUCUUGCCCCUUUUUCUGCACAAUUCCUCAGUCCUUAUGUCCUCUCACUCACACCAUCAUUAGUUGGUAGCAAAAUACCAGUCUUUUCAAAUCCGCCGUCCAUCACACGUUUCCCUUGUUCUCUUCUUUCCCAAUCACCAUCUUCCAUGAACCAAUCUUCUCAAUCCUUGUCCAAUGGCAGCAACUGUGAGACUGCACUGGACCUUAGUAUGGGAAAAAACAAUUCAUCCUCAUCUCUGGCCGACACAAUUUCAGCACAGAAAGGACAGUUACUUGAUGGACUUGGCCUGAGGCCCACCUCUCAAAGUCUGGUUGUUGUUCAGGUAAAACCUGAAUCUCAUACCACUAUGCCUUCUUCAUAUCGUCGUAUGGAUGUGGUCAACAGCAAUAACCUGACAAAGUCCAGUAUUUACACAAGGCCGGAUGAGAAAAUGAAUGUCACACUGUGUGAUAGCGACAAAGAGAGAGAGAAGGAAAAAGACCAACAGCAAAGAAAGGCAAAAGGCAAAAGGUAUCGUGAUAUGCGGCGUUCCAGGACCAUCAUUCAAGCUGAACAGCUUGACAUACUAUAUGGAUGCUAUUUCAAAGAUCCCAACCCUGGCAAACACGAAUUUGAGCAAAUCUCCGAGUGGGUUCAGCUUCCCAAAAAAGUUGUUCAGAUAUGGUUUCAGAACAUGCGAGCGAGGGAACGGAAAGGUGAGGUGCGCUUCAUCAGCGACGGCACCCUGGCAGCAGUUGGGAAACCGCUCAUAAAAUUCACUUGGCCGCUCUCCAAACCCAUUUUUUCCAACAAGCCCAUUCCAAACAAUACCGGCUGCAUCACAACUGCUCCAAUUGUGCGCACCCUUAUCAAGACUGAAAGCAAACACGUUGUGGUGAAAAAAAACACUCCUGUUCCAAUCAAACCCAAGGAAGUGGUUUCUGACAUCUCUGUGGGGAGCAGCAGUGCCUCUGCAAUGCCAAAGACCAAGCUUGAAACCACCAGCAGUGUCCCCAUGGUCAAAGUUGCAUCCAGCAUUGUCCCAACCAUUUUAACGUCUCCCAAGGAUCUUGUUCCCAUUGCCCCUCGACUGAAGCAGCAAAAAAAUGUAGACGACGAGAGUGAGGAGGACAAAACAGACGAGGAUAUAGAUGACGAGAAUGAGACCGCACCGAGGAUGACCAACCGCAUGGUACCCAAGCUUCCUACAACACCCAUCAAUAACAGGCCUCCUUCCACGACUGUGUUGCCCCAGAAACUGAAUGGCCUUAACUAUUGGACCCCGAAAGUCCCGAUCAGGAUCAACACUCUGUCACGAGAGGAACUUGCUCUUCCCGCUCAUGUGCCUCCCCGUACUAUCCCCCCUCCGCCUACCCCUAGCAUUGCACCAGUCAGCCCCAGCACCCCUAACUUGGCAAAGGUAGCCCGCUCAUCCACCCCUGUCCUGGGUAAAUCAAGUCCCACCGAAAACAGCUUUCUGGCCCACUCUUCCAGCCGUAGGCCACGCACGCAUUUGUCCUGCCUGCAGCUCUCCAUUCUGCAGUCCUGCUAUGAGACCUGUGCCCACCCUAAUGCCAUGGAGUGUGAGGCCAUUGGUGCUGAGCUUAACCUGCCCCUCAAAGUGGUACAGAUCUGGUUUCAAAACACCAGAGCUAAGGAGAAGCGCUGGAGGCUGCAGCAAGAGAAAAUGGGUUCUCAAGCCGGUGGUGGGAAGGUGUUCAUGACCUCAGGAAGUUACCUCCAGUACAAUGCUCUCAAAGCCAACCGUCCCAUCCUGCCCAAACCUGUUCAGCUCACGAUCACAGAGUCUCCUACUUCUCCCGCGACCGGUCAUGCGUCACCCAACGAGACCCUGACGGGCUGCUGUGAGGUCUGCAAGGUCUCCUUUGAAUCACGGGCAGCGGCAAGGGCCCAUGUCUUCUCGUCGCUUCACCUUGCCAAGCUGCGGACCACUAACUUUGGGCAGCCCACAGCGCUCAACAGGAACGAAACUGGCAACAGAGGGUCGGGCGGCGUCAACCUCAGUUUGCAGGUCUGUCAAUCGUCUUCUACUGGAACCGGCUCCAGUGCCAGUUCCGGAGGCAUAGUUGUUAUCGAGUUGCCUCCAUCCGCAGCCACCAGCAACAGUUAAAAAAGAAGAAAAAAAAAAACAGAUCAGAUCAGGAUUGGUCUGCACACUAACUAUUUGGACCCGUUUGGGCUCCUCCAAUUUUAAUAAACUCGUUUGAGCACUAUUUCUCACCUAACUUAAUUUUUGGUUUUGAAGUUGGCUUUUCCUCCCUUUCAUGCAAUAUCCCAUUUUCAACCUUUUUGAUGACUCAAAUGGAUAUGUUCGUCAAGUUCACAGUGAAUCCACACCAAACAGUUCUCAUGCUGCUGCUGAGUUCAUCAAUUUGCUGAGAGUGUUGGAUAAUACUUCAAGUCAUCUCACCUUUCACCCAAACAUAUUUAAUUUCAAUGAUCCUCUUACAAAACCCUAAAGGGACUCCGCUUUCCAGGCUUGAACUGAAGAGACUGAUACUGUUUCUCUGCCAUGUUGGAAUAACAUGAAAUACUCGCAGUAAUAACUCCCACUUUCCUCAUGUUGAAUAUUUUUUUUUGGGGGGGGGGUGCUUUCACCUCCAGGGCAAAUAUUGCUUGUGUAUUACAUGAAUGGACUGAACAAAUGUAACAUCUGUGUUAAGUCUCACUUUUAUUCUUUUGCUAAAGGAUGUGAUUUGAGGAGUGUUCAGUGUACAUAAUUUGGGAUAAAGUAGAGGUACUCUAGAACGAAUAGGGCUUUUAUACCCUACCCCCCUAUCCCAUGUUUAUAGUUUUCAUGACAAUCCAGACAAAACAGGUUAUAUAAAUAGCGAGGAAUCUUGGCAUACCGCACUUUGACACAUAUUACAUUGAAAUGUUUUUAAGCAUUCUGAUGAGAGUGUCUUUUUAUGGAAAGAUGCAUUCAUGCAUGUUGGAUGCCUUAAUAUAAAUUGUGGUUUUUAUGGGUUUUUUUUCUUGAUAGUCUCUUCAGUCACACUUUAGGUGUAAGCAUAAUAUUGUUCAAGAAACUUACAGGGAUGAAAGUGAAAUCAAUUGCUGUUCCCAAUUUUUAAUGCACAGGUGUGGUGGAGUUUUGUGAAUGUCAUUCUUUUGCUCUCACGUGAGUAGACCCUGCCUGUUAAAUCGUAACCAGCUUUUUCUCGGCCAAGGAAAUAGUCUGAUCCUGUGUUGGUGCCAAAAAAAAUGAUCCUGUGGGUUUAUAUUCCCCGCCCUAAUGAAAUAUACAACCACUACUCACAAAAAGGUUACGAUAGUCGUAUCAGUUGAAAUUUCAGGACUAUAACCUUUUCCAGGUGAUCUUUUGACCUUUUCUGAACUUUUGAUCACGUCAAACUAUUAGCAUUUUAGAACUUUUUUGACAACUUGCCGUUUUCUAACAAGGACCUGAACAAGGUAUGUGUGAUCUAGGAACUGACUAAUACAUUUCCUGAUUUAAUUAGAUUUGGUAUUUAAACAAUAGUCUUCAUUGUGCUAAUAACAUGUUGACAUCAGGAGACCAACAUCACAUGAACGCAUAGUAACCUGCACAGUGCAUUUCACCAAAAGUCCGUUGUUCUCAGUUCUACAAAACACGAUUAUGUGGAUAGGUGCUACAUGCAUACUCGUGUUGUUUUUAAUAUAUAUACAGUAUAUUUCCUUCUUAAAAAUAAUUUGACGUUUACAGACAGUAAACAGACAGCAAACGCACAACACACAUUCAUACGUUUGUAUCCUAAACUGUCGAAAAGCCUGUCACUGGCGGCCGAUUUCGAUCGGCGGCCGGGUUGGAUGGACCUAUCAAACACCGUUAGUCUUGUAAUAUAAAACACAGCAAACAACACAUACAUGUAAAAAUAGCGAUGGGAGGAUAUGGUCAAAGUGCAAUACUAGGCUUAAACUUACCACUUAUGAAGUGAUCGCUGCACACACGACUUGAAACUGUGGGACGAGUGAGAUCUCCGCGCGAGAUAUUACUGAGCCACUUCGCUUCCCGUUUGCUCAACAUUUCUUCUGUUUGGGGUCGUUUUCUAACAAGGACCUGAACAAGGUAUGUGUGAUCUAGGAACUGGCAAAUACAUUUCCUGAUUUAAUUAGAUUUGGUAUUUAAACAAUAGUCUUCAUUGUGCUAAUAACAUGUUGACAUCAGGAGACCAACAUCACAUGAACACUACCUUGCCACUGUGAGGGUUCAAACAAGAUAUUCUCAGAGGGAAGUGGCCACUGAUUCUCAGACUGUCAAAGAAUGUCAUCAACAGCUUUUAACACAUUGAGAGACUGGAAGAGUCACUGAAAGUAAUAGAAGCAGACAUCCUUGAAAUUUCAUGGCUCAAACGCCUCAGGUAAAUUUUACUUUUCAGCACCUUGUUAGCGAACACCAGGUUCUGCAAACAUUUUUGAAAGUGAACAGUUUGUGACAUUUACCUUCAAGUUAAGAAAAGGUAAAAUAAACUUCAGUUGUAAAAGUUAUUCUGCAUUUUAGGUCAAUCUAGAAAUUUAAUCCAAAAAUCCCACAAUACGUUACUUUUUGUGAGUAGUGUUCAUCUCAUUUUAAACUAAGAUGGCUUCAAAAUGUAAACGCUUAUUGAAUAAAUGUAUUAAGCAUUUGUUAGCACGAAAGAUCCCACUGACUAGCUUGGCAAGCUAGAUGGUUAUUCAGUUUUUCCCCACCAACGCUUUAGUUACUAAUGCUGGUAAUGCCCGUGCCGUGAAAUGCGACGUUAUAGGUGCAAACCAAACAAGGGAGGAAAUUGGCUUUCGCAAAUAUCCUGAAGGCCACUUGUGUAUACUUCAUUCCAGCGAUGUAUUCUGUUGACUGAGAACUAAUCAGAUGGUGCUGUGUUAAAGGACACACAACUCACUAAAGAGCUUUUUCCUUCCAUUUGAAUUUGUAUAUUGUUACUAUGGUUAGUUUUAACUAAAUUGCAAAACUAAAAUGUUUUUGUACAAGAUAUGUGAUAUUCCAAAGUAAUUUUUUUGGGGGGAGGGGGGUGAGGGGCUUUCAGUCAAUUAAAAAUAUAACCAAAAAGCAAUCAAGAGGUGUUCACAAAUGCAAACUAUAAAGGACAUCCCACAGCUUCACUCUUGCACUAGUCCACUAUAUUUGCACAAGCUACAGACAUUUCAAAAAUGGACAUAGCCAUGGAUGCAAUGUGAUAAGUGACUUGGCGUGUCUUGAAACAAAAAGGGUGGCAGUGUUCCUUAUAACUUUUAAAAAAAAAUGUUUGUCUGGGAAUCAUCUUUUAUGUGAAUCAAGGAUCUGAGUGCUCGGAUGUCAAGACUGGGAUAUACACAGACAAACAAAUGUGGAGUUGCACUGUCCAAAUGAAAUAGGUUUUUAAGGAGAUAUGCUUUUAUUAUCUUACAUUUCAUCAUCAAUUUGAUUAUCACUUGUUAUAACUGUACUACUACUUAUUCAAUUUACCAUUACUACUCAUGCUGUUUUUAUUAUUCAAUUUUGUUUUCAUGCCACCUCUAUGCUCAGACUGAGUAUGGUAUUCCUCUGAAUAUUGAUCAAUAAUAGUGGCAGUGUUAUAUAUUGUUAAACCUAUAAUUAGUCCCCCCCCUUACUCUACUUUUUUUUGUCUCCAUUAUGCUUUAUUUGAGCUACAGAAAAAUAAAAUCUGUUGAACAUGGAAA